AUGGAUGCUUUUAACUUGACGAUUCUGAUCUUGCGUGCCGUCGCUGCUGUAUCGAGCUUGGUUUCCACGAUCAAUGCAAUCAUAGCGCUCGCUAGUGCGAGCUAUUAUGGCCAUAUCUGGCUACCGAUCGUUGCCCUCAUUUUACUCAUCAUCCUUCUUAUUUGGACAUUCAUCGCUAUUGCCGAUGUUUUUGUUGGGCUGCAUGAAAAACACGACUGGGUAAAUACAGACAGUAUCCACUUGAAUUACAUGCUUGAAAAUGUUGCCAGCCCAAUGUUGCCAAGAAAAUGUUGA